UGUAGGGCCCUUGGCGCGCAGAAACACACACCGACUGUUCAGACUCAACCAACCCAAAUGUUUUUUUGACCAGUGACCUGUGGGAGGAAACGUGAACCGCACCGGAGGAAGCCCCCGCAGCACACACGGGAAGGGGCUACACUAUGAGCUGGCACAGCAGCAGUAGUACAAGUCUAAAUAAUGUCUAAUUAUACUACAAGAAAUUGCAGAGUUGGGCUUUGUUUGGGUAGAGUGAUUGCACAGGUACAGCGUGUGUACACCGCGACAGCGACACAAUAGCAGCAGCAGUGAGUGCCCGUGCCGCCCUAUAUAGUACACAAUACAUGGCAGAAACUAGUACAGAACAGUUUGGAAAUUGGGAGGGGCGUAGAGACGAGGCUGGGGGGAAGGGAGGGUCCGUGCUGCAGGUAUGGAUUGAUCCUCACCGGUCUCCAUAGUAGGCUGAUGUCACCGGAUGAUAUCAGUGACUGUAUGUACGAGACGGGAGCGGCCGGAGGAGACCGGAGUGCCAGUUUCGGAUAAGACUCUUGUUGAUAUCGCUGCAGUCCCUCAGAAUGCCCAGAUGGAGGAGAGUGACUCACGAGAGUGUGACCCAACUGAGCUGUCCCCUGUGGAGCCUUGGACUUUGGAACCUGAACAAUGUGUGAGCUGCAAAUUGCAUCUGACGGGACCAGCUAUGGUGGUCUCCCGGUACAAGUUCCACCCAGAGUGUUUUGCGUGCUCUGUCUGCAGAGCUUUAAUCGAGGAAGGAGAGUCAUUCAGUUUAGUGAAGAGCACAACACUAUUCUGUGGUCCAUGUUACAAGCUGCUUCUUCUGCGGCCGCAGUUUGAGGAUCUUUGCAACGAGUCGGCUAAAGAACAACCUAGCCACAUGCUUACCCUUCUACGCCUGCCUGCUCAAGCAGGAGUUAAUAGGGGCUUCUCUGUGUCUGUGGAAGAUAUGAAGGUCAUAGAGGUGACACCUGAGGCUCAGAAUUUGCUGUACCCAGGAGAUCGUAUUUUGGAAAUUAAUGGCUCUCCUGUCAUUUCAUUGCCUCCUAACGAGGCUGAUAAUUUGCUUUGCUGCACAGACCGGACCCUGCAGCUUCUGGUAGAACACAACCCCCCUCUGACCCCCCCUACAAUUAGAGCCCCGCUGAAAUCUCCUUCCCUGCACCCUCGUGUUGGAAAGGGCACCUCCGACAGCAGUACCAGGCGUAGCUCCAUUCGACGCAGUAACAGUAACAGCCAUUCCCCUGGACCCUGUUCUCCCAAAGACCCUCACUCAGUGUCUCGUUCAGAGUCUCUCCGCUGUGCAGCUGGUGGUGCCCAGCAGAUCUUCCGCCCAUGUGAGCUACUUCAUGGUGAAGAGCUGGGGAAGGGCUUUUUUGGAAGAGCCAUCAUGGUCACACACAGAGCCACGGGGAAAGUAAUGGUCAUGAAAGAGUUAAUACAGUUUGAUGAGCAGACACAGAAAACAUUCCUGACAGAGGUAAAGGUCAUGCGUUGUCUGGAUCAUCCCAAUGUGCUGCGUUUUAUUGGGGUCCUUUACAAGGAUCGUAGACUAAACUUGCUGACUGAGUAUAUAGAAUGUGGAACGUUAAAGGACUUCCUAAGAGGGGACCAUUGCCCUUGGCAACAGAAGGUCUCAUUUGCUAAAGACAUUUCAUGUGGAAUGGCAUAUCUUCACUCAAUGAGCAUUAUCCAUAGGGAUCUCAACUCGCACAACUGUCUCAUUAAGCUGGAUGGCACAGUGGUGGUUGCAGACUUUGGGCUUUCCAGACUCAUUGUGGAAGAGAAACCAAGACCCCCACCAGAACGUCCACCCACAAAGAAGCGAACACUACGCAAAACUAACCGCCGAAAACGUUACACAGUGGUGGGCAAUCCCUACUGGAUGGCACCUGAAAUGUUAAAUGGUAAACAGUACGAUGAGAAGGUGGAUGUAUUUUCAUUUGGGAUUGUUCUAUGUGAGAUUAUUGGGCAAGUGUAUGCUGAUCCAGAUUGCCUGCCACGCACUUUCGACUAUGGCCUGAAUGUUCGUCUGUUUUGGGAGAAGUUUGUUCCAAAAGAUUGUCCUUCAGGAUUUUUCCCCCUUGCAACAUCCUGCUGCCAACUGGAACCUGACGAGAGGCCACAUUUCCUAUAUCUACAGGAUACCCUUACAGCCUUGUCUCUGUUUCUGGGGGAGCUGUCGAUCCCUCUGCCUUCUGAACUAGAGUUAAUGGAACAUAACCUGAAGUUACAAUAUGGUCUGACACGAGAAAACCAUUCAGAACAUGGAACAAACCUUUGAUCCCUUAUCAGGGAAAAUUAGGUGUGGCAAGAUGACCACAUGUCCACUUACUGAAAACACAUUCAUCUCUGCAAAGCACACGUUAUGCUCACAUGUGAACAUGUUACAUCUUCUGCCUUUGCUCUUGUGAUAGUAGACUAUUAAUGUUUCAUGACUGAAGCUUGGUCAAAAGUGAAAAAGGGACCAAAACUGUUUAGAAACUAGCUGCAUACAUUUCUACAAUCCUGAAAAGGGAAAAGGAUACCUCAGGGUGUUUUCCAUGAUGCGACCAACUGUAUUUAAAACUAUCUUGGAAUUUAGUGGCAUUUACACUUAUAUACUAACUUUCCUAGUUUCUUACUACACAGUUACCGGGGGUAUAAAACUUGAAUCACUCUCCUCCUUCCAGCGUGUAAGGCAGCAGAAGGGAAAAGUGAGUUACAUAUUUAUUCAGUCAAAAGCUUUUAAAACAUUUCGUGGGAACCGGGGUAAUUAAUGACCACUUUUAUGUUUAACACGUGUCUUCCACUUGGAGUAAUUUCUACAUUUUUACAUAAAAACUGGAAUUUAAAGUCUCCUUUUGUGUAUUUUAGAUUGCACUUUUCCUUCAAAUAUGUUUACUUUUGUGGCUAGGUAAUGUAUGGUGCUUCCUCCAGAGCCAUAGGAAUUUGCUUGAUUUGUGCCAAUAUUUGUUUGGCUUCGCUCCAACCUAUUACCAGGUUCUGCUGGCAGCUGGGCAUGGAGAGAAUUUUUCUACAGUAGGGUCAGAUUCACUUAAAAUAUUGGCUUAAACACUAAAAGAUGGAAUAUGCUGCCAUCUUGAACUAGAAAAAUGUGUAUUUGUUACUGAAGACGCAGUGUUACAGAUGCAACUUUCUCCUUGAGCCUGUACCUUAAACUCAGCUUGUCCGCCUGUUCCUGAGCUGCAACUACAUUAGGCUGCUAUUUAAUGCUGGGAGUUGUAGUUCAACAGUAGUCCCUGCUCAAUCCCGGUUUCCUUGGGCAAGAGCUCCAUUCACUUUAAUAUUUUUAAAGUAACCCUUCGCAUCACCAACUAGUAACAUGGUAUAUUUGAAGUCUUCUUCCCCCUUAACACUCCAUUCUUUUGCUACUGAUGGAGAUGAUGAUAUACGGAAGGGGAAUCUGUCAUCAGACCUUUGCCAUUGCCAUUCUGCUAGUUUUGGGAAGAAAUACUUUUUUUUUUUUUUUUUAUUCAACCCAUCAUUAAGUCAACAGCUGAGCUAUAUGUAUAUUUUUUUAUGAUCCAGCUGCAGAGUGGCAGUACUGUACUCUACCUUGCUGAUUUUCUGAGACACACACCACUGGAACUACAGAAGUCUGGUUUGAUUGCCAGGCACCGCCUGAUAAUGUUUUAUGUACAAAACAAAAAGGUCAAUAAACCGUUUUCUUACAA